AUGACAAAAGUGCACAAAGAGCACAAUAAAACCAAGGGUUCGGUAGGGGAACGGCCCUCACGACACCGCGGGUACUCCAUAUACUCCGGAAUCACCACAUCCGGUGGGAGCGGUCGCCUCAAACGACAGGACACUGAAAACGUAGAACCCGACUUGGAAGGCUGGAACACCGCCGCCGAGGAAGCAGGAGAGGCCGGAACAGCGGGCGGAGGCUGCCAAGGCGGCAACCCCACCUCCGACAAAGCAGGAGACACAGAAGAAAUGGCCGAAGACGUGUGGGGCAGCAUAACCACCGCCGAUGAAACAGGGGACGGGGCAGGGGACACAGAACCCUCAGAGCGAGCAGUUUUCUUCAACACCACCACCAGGUUCCACGUCCACUCUCAACCUUGUAAGGGGGAACCACCCCCCACGGGGAACCGGAACCAUCCAACACGGGCAACGUGCCCGAAACAAGAGGUACCGGCCCCACAUGAGUCCCCACCCCCACAGCAGGAGCCACAUCAGAGCCCACACUAUCCACCGGACCCACAUCAGCACCACACGCACCAUCCUCGCACUCCACAGAGGAAUAGCUCUCAGAAGAAACAUCAACCCUCGCCGCAUCCUCACAUUCCUCUGCCCACGAACGAGGAGGCGAAGCACCUGUAUCCGUACGCGAACGCUUGGGGACAGGCCGUUGAUCAUUGGAGCUGUCACCCCCUGCAGGAGGCACCCGAGAGGAGCCGGCAGCAGGCCGCCCCACAACCGGGGUAG